GAUGAAGGCGUAAUCCGCGGCGGCCACUCGCGGAACUCGAGCGCUCCGAGCGCGAGGGGAAGAGGAGCGAAAGGGGCCAGAAGGCGCGCGUGCUCUCUCUCACAGGGUCCGAGAGGCCACCUAGAAUCGUGGGCGCGAAAGAGGGAGAAAAAAAGCGCCGCCGCUCGCUCGCGGGGUUGAAGGGUGAAGCGCGCGCGCCUCCUCGGGGCGCGAGAAAGAUUUCCCCCCACUCGCCGGGGAACCAAGCCGGGACAGGCAGCUGAAGAGGCGUGGAGCCGGGAGGGGGGGAAAGGAGGGAAGACGAUUGGGUAGGCGGUGUUUAGGACGCCUCCAACCAAUCAGGUCUGUCGGAGGGGGUGGGGAAAGAGUUUGCCAGCCCCGGAGGCGUGUGCUUUUUGUAGCCUCCCCUCCAAUCGGAACAGCGGCAGUCGCGGCUGAAGCCGGAGCAGCGCGCCAAUCGCGGCCCAGCCAGUACUAGAGAGCGCGGAGUCGGGGAUGUCCUACAAGCCUAUCGCGCCUGCCCCCACCAGCUCAGGAGCCGCCGGCACCAGCAGCAGCAGCGCCAGUCCCGCCCCCGGAGCCCCGCCGGUCGCUACCAGUGUUCCAUCCCCAUCUGGUUCUGUCCCUGGAACAUCUGCCCCCUUUCGACCUCUCUUCAACGAUUUUGGGCCCCCAUCUAUGGGCUACGUUCAGGCUAUGAAGCCACCAGGUGCCCAAGGCUCCCAGAGCACAUACACAGAUUUGCUUUCUGUAAUUGAAGAGAUGGGCAAAGAGAUACGACCUACAUAUGCAGGUAGCAAGAGUGCUAUGGAACGACUGAAGCGAGGUAUUAUUCAUGCUCGGGCCCUAGUAAGAGAGUGUCUGGCAGAGACAGAGCGCAAUGCCCGCACGUAACACUCGCUUUCCUCUUUGCACCACCCUUGGAGGAUCCUAGCACUUUCCAGCUACUCAACAUUUUAGAAUCUGGAGUUUUCCCCUUCCUUUCAAAUCUUUCUACCAAUCAGUGUCUCAAGUCUUAGAACUGUGAUCGCCUUCAAAGACCUUUAUACCAAUUGGCAUCUAAGAAUCUGAAGUAUCUCCACUUGCAUCACAGAACUUCCCGUCAAUUGGCAUUUUGGGAGUAUAUACAGAAAGCGUCCGUUGUGCAUAUCCUUGGUUUACUAGUCGAAAUAAUUGCUGGUGACAGGUUCUUUAUCUUUAUAAAAUACAUGGGGUUUUGGAAUAAAUAAAAAUCUUUAGAAUUUGGAUUAUCUCUUCUUCACUGUGCUUUUCUAUUUUUUUUUUAAUGUGGUGAGGGAAAUAUUCUCUACCUCACUAAAAUAUUCCUGAAGGGCAUGUACUGCAAGAUACGCUUCCUUAGUAAAGCAGUAUGAGGCCCUGUCUUCCUCUUGCAACAAGAGUCUCAACCAGCGAUCAUUGAGCCUGUAUUGGAAAACUUGUAAUAAAAUGUUUCUACUCCUGUA